CAUGAUGCCAUAGCUGAGGGCUGCCAGCAGGGGGCGGACGAAUUCAGCCGCAGCAGAAGCGAAGGAGGGGAAGAGGCGUGGCUUAUGGGGAGGGGGCGGAGCCGGGCCGCUCUCCUCGCGGUCGCCAUGGAGACGGGCCCCGCGGCCUACUCCGCCCCGAGGAACCUUCGGUGCCGCUGCCGCCGCCGGGCCUAAAGUGAGGAAGGCUCCCCCUCAGCGCCCUCCCGUUCCCGGGCAUGAGGCGGCACGCGGGCCCUUGGAAGCUGGGGAGGGAAGAAAACAGAACUGUGGGCCUUAUGAGAACACUUUAAGAGCUGCAUGAUUGGGUUAAAGGACGCCAGAACUGUGAAACUGAGGCUAUCAUCUUGAGGUUGGGAUGAACAUCUGCAAUAAGCCACCUAACAAGACAGCACCAGAGAAGAGCGAUGAAGCAGUUCUUGAGGCCCGUCCGCAACACGCCCGGAGAAAUGGCUGGAGCUGGCCCCCGCACCCAUUCCAGUUCCUUGCCUGGCUGUUGUACAUCUUCUUUGCUCUUGUCGGCUUUGGAAUCCUUGUGCCACUAUUACCUGUUCACUGGGUCCCUGCCGGGUAUAUUUGUCCUGGAGUGUUUUUUCUCUGCCAUCUAGUUGUUCAUCUUACAGCAGUUUCCAUUGACCCAGCCGAUGACAGUGUGAGACAGAAGAAUUACAAGGGACCACUUGCUGCAUUCAGUCGGAGCCAGCAUGCUCAUGUCAUUGAAAACCGUCACUGUCACAUCUGUGAUGUUGAUGUGAGCUCCAAAUCAAAGCACUGUGGGACCUGCAACAAAUGUGUAUGUGGAUUUGACCAUCACUGCAUGUGGCUCAACAACUGUGUGGGAGAAAGGAACUACUGGCUCUUUCUGAACAGUGUGAUAUCUGCCAUCCUUGGUCUUCUCCUAAUCCUGCUUGUCGCUUUCUAUGUCUUUGUGGAAUUCUUCCUUAACCCCAUGAGGUUGCGCACUGACCAGCAUUUUGAAGGCUUGAAGAACCAAACAGAUGUAUGGUUUGUGUUCCUUCCUGCUGCUCCUGUUGAAACCCAGGCACCUGCCAUUUUGGCUUUGUCUGGAGUGGUGAUUCUCCUGGGGUUGCUGACUCUGUUCUUAUUGGGCCACUUGCUGAUCUUCCACAUUUAUCUCAUGUGGCAUCGAAUGACCACUUAUGAAUACAUUGUGCAGCAGCGUCCUCCACAAGAGAUGAAAGAUCCUGACAAGCAGCUAGAAUCCUGCCCUCCCCAAGUGAGGCCCAUUCAGGAAAUGCAGUUUUAUACAGGAAGUCUUGGCUAUACCAAUCCUGAGAUUCAGGUAGAGGACUCUUCUGGAUUAGCAUCUGGAAAAGACCUGCCAAAGUUCUGCCUCCGUAGUGAUGGCUCAGAGUCCAGACUCAUCCCAUCUCCUGAACAGUCUGAAGCUCAAGCCAGAGACCAACCACAGCUGCAGAAAAAGAAGAAGAAGAAAAAGAGAAAAAAGCUGCAUAGGACCUCUUCAGUGCCGGAAGAAAAAUCCAAGAUGAGCACAACUCCAUGGUCUUCUCCUUUUCCAGCCUUACAGCCAGAGCUCUCCAUCACAGCUGCCAUCUCUUCAACUUCAUCGUCCUCAAGCCUACACCUCUCUGUACCACCUAUCCUUCCUAAAGUCAUCACCCCUCCAGGCAUCAAUGGUCCUGUCCAGGCUGCGGGUCCACCAGCAGAUUACCAUUCUGAGUCAGCCGAGUCCAUGGAAGAGAUCCCCGUGGCUCAGACACGUCUGGGGAGCAGUGCCCCUAAUGCAGCUUCCAAGAGCAGUGUUCGGCGUCUUCCUUUCCCUGCAGUCCACUUCCGAGGGGGAGGGGAGAAGCACCAGAACACUGGGCCCAACGCAGAAAGCAAGAAUUGUCAGACAGGGCAGCAGAGGGAAGAGCUAGAACUCUCUCCUAAGAUCCCAGCUGUGUUCGUGAGCAGAAGUAGUGGGGAGCCGCCUGUCCUUAAUCCAUGGUGUGACGAAAUAUCAUCUGAACCUUCUCACAGAAAAUGCUCCAGCAAACGGCACAUAGUUCCUGAUCAGGACAGCCACAUUUGGGACUCAAGUGCCAGUUCAACAGCAGCUUAAACACUGGUGUCCUGGAAGCCAUAACAUCCAAGGAGAAACAGGAAUAUAGGGAUUAUUCAUUCUCCAAAUAUAUUUCUGUUCAAGGAGUUAA